AUGGAGGCCUCCGCAUCGGCUCACGUGGCUGACGAGGCCAAGCGGCACCUGCAGGACUGCUCACGAGUUGCGGUGUUUGAUGGCAAGGGCGCAGUGCUUUACGCCAACUGCAAGGUGCUGCCGGGCGAGCCGCAGCAGCUGGCCGCCAGCUUUGAGGGCCGCGACGCAGCCAUGUCUAGAGGCCUGCGGCUAGAAGGCAGACGAUACGAGGUGCACAGAUACCACCCGCCGCUGGUGUACGGGCGCAGCAUGGUGGAUUGCGAGCCUGAGCAGAGCACAGGCAUCGCGGUGUGCCGCGUGGACCGAAGCCGGCUGGGCGCCAGGCCCUGCUACAUAGCGGUGACGUACGAGCAGCCCCAGACCUCGGCGCGGAUUGUGCCACGCCUGGUGGCCUUUGCGCAGCAGCACCUGGAGGCGCCCUAG